UGUGUUUCGGGAUCGGCCAGGCUUGUCUUGCCCAACCGACACCGCUGCCGUGACCCGUUUUCCGUUACCGUUGGGGUCUUAUCUCUCCAAGCCCAAACCCUAGGACUCUCCGGCGACUCUUGGCCCUGUUUGAGGUCGAUUUCUCUCCCAAAACCCUUGGCCGCCAUUAUCGGCGACCGAAUGGACGGCGGUGCCGGCGGCGGAGGGGGAGGAGCGGAUGUGGCGGCAGCGGCGGGGGCGAACGCGGGGCUGGGAGGGAACGCGCCGCCACCGUUCCUGAGCAAGACGUAUGAGAUGGUGGACGACCCGGCGACGGACGCGAUCGUGUCGUGGGGACCGGGGAACAACAGCUUCGUGGUGUGGAACACGCCGGAAUUCGCGCGGGACCUCCUCCCCAAGUAUUUCAAGCACAAUAACUUCUCCAGCUUCGUCCGCCAGCUCAACACCUAUGGUUUUAGGAAGGUCAAUCCGGAUCGAUGGGAAUUUGCAAAUGAGGGAUUUCUAAGAGGCCAAAAACAUUUGCUGAAGACUAUCAACAGAAGAAAACCUGCCCAGACACCCAGCCAAGCACAGCAGCCUCAAGCGCAGAGUGCUAAUCUUGCAGCAUGUGUUGAGGUGGGGAAGUUUGGGUUGGAGGAAGAAAUUGAGAGGCUCAAGAGGGACAAGAAUGUACUCAUGCAGGAACUGGUGAAGCUGAGACAGCAGCAGCAGGGCACAGAUCGUCAGUUGCAGACCGUAGGCCGGCGUCUUCAGGGAAUGGAACAACGACAGCAGCAAAUGAUGUCAUUCUUGGCAAAAGCCAUGCAGAGUCCUGGAUUCUUGGCACAGCUGGUGCAGCAGAAUGACAGUAAUUGGCAUAUAGCUGGAAUGAACAAAAAACGACGACUACCCAUGCAGGGUAACAAGCAGGAUGGUGAGAGCACAUCACCUGAUUGUCAAAUAGUCAAAUAUCAACCUCUAAUGAAUGAAGCAGCAAAAGCAAUGCUAAUGCAGAUUCUAAAUUUUGACACAUCUCCCAGGCUGGAAACUUUGGGCAACUCAGAGAAUUUUCUUAUUGAGAACAUUGCUUUAUCACCGCAGGCAUUUGACGGCAGUUCUUCAAAUCGGAACUCGGGAGUCAGCCUAUCUGAGGUCCCUACUACUUCAGGGACUCCAUUUCUGCCACUGAGCUCUGGAUUUUCAGCAAUUUGCUCAUCAUCUGUGCCAUCUGAGAUCCAAUCAUCUGUCAGUGUAGCUGACAUGGUUACAACAGCUGAGCUUGCCAAUAUGAGUGUUGUGUCUAGAGUUCCAGAUGCUAUUGCUCCACAACAGCCUGACACAAGUAUCCCUGACUUUUCUCAGAUGGAAGGAGUGGUUCCAAAUGGCAAUGCUGUUGGAAUUUCAAGUGAAAACUAUGUGCAGCGUGAGGCAGAGAACGUGAACCCCAUUUCGGCAAUGGAUGAGCAGGUUUCCAUUGAGACAGAAAAGUUUUCUUCCGAUACUGAUGUUGAUAUCUUCACUGAUGAGGAACAGAAACUUCCUAGCAUAAAUGAUUCUUUCUGGGAACAAUUUCUCAUGGCUAGCCCACUCUCAGGUGAUUUAGAAGAUGUUGAUUCAGGCAUACAUGAACCCAAGGAGAUGCAGCCAGAACAACAAAAUGGGUGGGACGAUGCUCGUAUGGACCAUCUCACAGAGCAGAUGGGACUUCUCGCAUCACAGAGGAAAUGAUAAUAUCAUGCCUAUAUAAACUUUGGUAUUGGAGACUGAAUAGACAAUUAUAAAUAUCCUCUGGUCCUGAUCUUCUCGGUGUACUCUUGAUGAUUUGUAGUUACAGAGCCACCUGCUCAUGGAGUUGGCCGCGUUCUCACUCGGUCUCCCCUUAUAUCUUCCAAGCCAACUGAGUCAAACACGCUCUUGAGGUGCCCAUUUUGGGUUUGUACAAAUCUCAUUGUCGUUUUGACCUCUUGCUAUAUAGGCAGAAAGGUUUUGUUUGAGAUGUUAACAAAAAUAUAUAAUGUUGCGUCCAUCUUCAUCAAUAUGCUCUUCUUUUAGUGCCCUGAUAGCA